AUGGUGCCCACUAUCGCAGUCGCAGGAGGCACCCAAGGCAUUGGCCGCGCCAUCGCUGAAGCUAUCAACCUCAAGAAGAACUACGACGUCAAGGUAUUCAGCCGAUCGCCCAAUCCCGCCCUCGAGGCCGAGAAUGGCAUCCCCGUCAUCGCCAUCGACUACACCGAUGCCGACUCCAUGACCAAGGUUCUGGAAGACAAUAAGAUCGAUACUGUCAUCUCGACUUUGUUUGUCACCUUUGAUGGCAAGCCGCAAGUGAACUUGGUCCAUGCUGCUGAGGCUUCCAAAUACACCAGGCGCUUCAUUCCCAGCAUCUGGGGUAUCCCAUAUUCCAGAGAACAAGUGGGCGAGAGGCAGAUGAUGAUCGGGCAGUCUAAGCUCGAUGCGGUUGAGGCUUUGGAGAAGAGCACUCUAGAGUAUACCCUAUUCUACGUGGGAUACUUCCUCGACUUCUGGGGCUACCCUCGCGUCCAGUCGUACCAGCGCCAGAACCUCAUCGUCGUCGAUAUCGAGUAUAACAGGGCUGCCAUCCCUGGCGAUGGCAACACCCCCGUCACCUUCACGCAUACCUUUGACAUUGCCGAGUUUGUUGCCGCCAGCCUCGACCUACCUAGUUGGGAGAAAGAGAGCUAUGUAAUCGGGGAGUCGAUUACAUGGAAUGAGUUCCUUCGCCUUGCGGAAGAAGUCAAAGACGAGAAAUUCGAAGUCACCCACGACAGCCUGGACUUGCUCCUAUCUGGACAAAUCACCGAGUUGCCAUCACACCCAUCGCUGUAUUCUCAGAUGCCCAAGGACCAGAUCCAAGCCCUCUUUGCCACGUUCGGGGUCUGGUUCGAGAAGGGCUUGUUCGAGCUGAAGCCAACGAAUAAGACGCUGAACGAGGUGUUCCCCAAAAUUCAUGCCCGAACCGUCAAGGAGGUACUAGAAGCGGGAUGGGGCAAGCAGUAG